AGAGAGAGUAAAUGGGAAAACAGAGCGAGAAUUUCACUUACUCUCUUCCUUCCUUCCUUCCUUCUCUCUUAAAUUAAAAUAUUUAUUUUUUUAAUUAAAUAUAAAUCCUUUCCCUCAAAAAUCCCCAAAAAUGCCAAUCCCAAAUCCCCCAUUGAACAACUAAAAACGAAUGGGUCUCACUCUCACCGGAAAAUCCAAAUCCACUGCCGGUGACAAUUGGGGAAUGGGUCUUCUUCUCGUCUUUUUCUCCGAAGAUUCCCCUUCCCCCAUUGCUGAUCACAAGAACCUUUUUCCAUCUUCCUCCCCUUCUUCUUCUUCUACUUCUGGUCGUCGGAGUAAUUACAAUCUUCUCACCAAAGCUCAGUCCACCAUUUCUGUCUGUGCUCUCCUCGUCUUUCUUUCUCUUCUUCUCUUCACUCUCUCCACAUUCGAGCCCACCAUUAAAAUGAACCUCACUCCUCCUCGGAGGCUUCUCACCCAGAAAUCCAUGCCGAUUGAACUCCGUAAGCCCUUGGGCAAUCGCUGGAACUGGUUUCGUCAAAUGUGGAAGCAGAAACCGGCGAUGGGGAAGACCACCACCACAGACGCCGUUUCCACGGUGGCGCUGCAACGAAUGGGGACUCUGUAUAUGCGAGGUACUCGAGCUAUGCCGGACUUAACUGUGGUCCAUGUAUCGGAAGACAUCGGAGAAGAAGACUUCCGCCUCUUUCUCCGACUGUUUCAUCGGUCCGGCGUUACUGCCAAAUCUGAUUCGGUCUUCGUCUUCCCCUCGCCGGCAUUCUCGUUGAGAUUCGGUCCGAUUAUUCGACAGGAAAACGAAUCAUUUCUGAAACUUCUUGGUCGGUACCGGAAUUUGAACGGAACGAGCCGGAGCGCGGCGGCAGGUUUUGACGUGACUCAGCUUUUUAAGAGCAAAGAGAAGAAGGAGACGGAGGAACCGAUUUGGGGGAAGCGGGUGAAACGAUUGGGAAACGUUUCUAACGGCGGCGAGGACGAGUUGACUCGGCUGAGUUACGGCUCGGUAGUGAGUUUCGACGCAGGAGAAAUUGAUCCGGAGAAUUCACUUUCCGGGUUCUCAGAUCACAUUCCGAUGAGUCUGCGACGGUGGUCAUGUUACCCAAUGCUCCUCGGUAGAGUUCGCCGGAAUUUCAAGCACGUAAUGCUCAUCGACGCCAAAAGUUCGCUUCUACUCGGGGAUCCGCUUAGCCGAGUGAGAAACAAAGGAACCGAGUCAGUAAUUUUCUUUACGAACAAGCACAGCAAAAAGAACUCAGAAAAGUCAAACUCGCACCAUCUUGUGAAUCCAAGCAUCGUGAUCGGCGGAGCACGCGGCAUCCGGAGGCUAUCGAACGCGGCGGCGGUGGAAAUCGUCAGAAUUCUUAUGCAGCACAAGAAGAAGAACUCGGUGUCCGAUUCCGGAGUACUGAGUCGCCUGGUAAAUAGUGAGUUUUUAUUAAAGAAUGUGAAAGUGAUUAUGGCGAGUGAAUCUAUCCCAGAAGCGAGUUCGUUGACCGGAGUAGAAUUGGAAUCUGUGGGUUCGUUGUCGGCGCCGGAGAAGAUGAUGUUCCAUAAGGGCAAUAAUGGUAAUUCAGGUGAAAUAAAUUCUGUUAUUAUGAAGAAAAUAUGUUCAUCCGAAAUUGAUUCUUCUGUCUAUACUCAUUGUUAGCAAAUUCAAUUAGAGACAAAAUAAAAGUUUAGAUAUGUAAUUUAAAAUGAGUGAACUAUAUAGUUUUUUUUUUAAUAUAUAAUUUUUGUUCUCGUUGUAUAUAUACUUCACACCUUGGAAUAAAGAUUCUAAUGUUGUUUGUUUGUUCA